AUGGCUGACCAAGCCCUUAAAUCUCGCGACGAAGUCGCAGCGCAAGCUGUGGCUGUUCGGGCAGAGUUGAAAAUAUGGGAGAAAGAGUUUGCAAUAACGCAUGAUGGGAAAAAGGCCGGUCGGGAGGAUAUCAAACAAAGACCCGAUAUUGCUGCAAAGUACAAGGAGUAUGGGCGACUCAAAAAUCUCGAGGCUGCACUUACCCGACGCGAGAACCGCCAACAAGAAGCCGCCGACUCCUCAAGAAAGCGAAAACAUGCCUCCCCCAACGGACUAUCGCGCACAAAUAUUGAGACGACUCCACGCAAGUCGAGCAGGGGCCUAUUUGCUACCCCGUCCCACAAUCGCAACACGCAGGCUCAUCCUUCCCAACUAGACCCUUACGACUCACCAUCGACCUUUCGUCGAUUGUUCAGUCCCAGUACACACCGAGAGAGCUUACCAGCACCUUCGCCUCUGAAACCUGCCAUUGGACCUACACCACAGCGCGAUGGAAAGGCUCUCGGGUUGUUUGACAUGCUAUCCGAGUCUGGUGGGAGCCAGGCAACCCCGUCAGCAAAGAGACAAAAGGAUGUGUUAGCGGCAGGAUUCCGAACACCCUCUAAGCCGAAACUUUUUGAUACUAUUGCGGAGGCGCCAGAAGAAGAAGAGGAGGAAACAUCAAGACUCUCACGGACACCAGCCUCCUCAACUAAGCAAUUCUACCUCGCGAAUCUCUUUGCAACCCCUACAACGAUGCGCUAUGCGGCCAUGGUCGAGGCCGAGGACAACAACAUUGCACAAAACAACCCCCGGAAACCGAGGCUGCAGGUUCCCAGCACUCAAACCCGUCGGGAACACCCUCUUUUCUCCGUCGCUCUAACUCCGGACGGUCUUCGGGAAAUGGAAGAGGAGCGCGACGAAGACGAGUGGGAAAUGCUCCGCGAGAUCGAGGAAGAGCAAGAAGGUUUCCACUUCGAGGUCCCUGAGAGCCAAGGCCCCGUAGCGGACAAGCAACAACCUUAUAAAAAGAAGGGUCAGAAGCGGACUACGAGGAGAGUCAACAUCCGACCAGCCAUUUCCAAGCCAAAGAAACAAGAGGAGCUUUAUCCGGAUUUGUACGAAGAGAGCGAUGACGAAUUGGCUGCGGUCCCGGAGACACAAAUCCCUGAAGUCCCUAGGGAAGUUCCAAACAUUAUUGGGGACGAAGAUGGACAUGAUGAUGUUGCCUCUCUGCAUUCCAUUUCAGAACCCGGAUCCGACUACGAGGGUGACACUGACGUGGACUCGGACGGUGACCCCGAAUAUGGGGAGAAGGCUAAACAUCCACCUCGACCGAAGAGCUUCUCGGAGCGCAUUAAAGAAGCGGGUUUGAUGGCUAAGCCAACUGCCAUGGAACCUCCAGCUAAACCUGCGGCAAAGCCAGAAGAACCCGAGAAAGAGAAGAAGCCUCGGGACCGCAAGAUUAACCCUCAGGCCCAUGCGAACUAUCGAUCAUUGAAGAUCAGGAAUAGGGGAGGGGCUCGUGGUGGUGGCGGGCGGUUCCGUAGGCGAUGA